AUGAGAAAUAGAGCGGGGCUAGGUGUCCGAAAGUCCCGGCGGGAGCGGAGAGUUGGGGCGGGGCUAGUGGAGGGGCGUGUCCUGCCCCGCCCCCUUGGCUGGCCAGACACCGAGCAGCUGGGCGCAGGCGCUGGAGCGGGGGCCUCAGCUUCUGCCCCGGCUGUGGCGGGAGGAGGCGGUGCCUGCGGGAGCGAAGGGGGCGGGUCAGGGGCUGCGGGCUUUCUCCCGCUGCAUUAUCCCUGGCCCACCGCCUCCCUCUGCAGGUGCGGCGGCUGGACCCGAGGCUGCGUCACUGCGGAGAGAGUUGCAGAAGUGGAGCCUGUCCUGCAGACCAAGGAGCAGCCAGGCACGGGAUCCAGUUACCAAAUCAGCGUUUUUGCAGAGGUCUCAGGGGUCAGAGGUGGCAGACUUCCUGAUUUGGCUGAGAAGGGCGGGGAUUCCUGGAGGUGUGGAAGGAGAGGACCCCUCCAGAGGGUGGAACGACAAAGCAAACGUCUCAAUGGUCCUACAACAGCAGCCAUUGUCAGAAACCCUGCAAUAACAACCUUCCAGGAAACCCAACGGAAUACCUAUCAAACCAUGAUGACAAAUCUCCCCAAAGACUCUGCAAGAGCGAACCAGCCCACCCCAAAUAGACUUUCCCCAAAGUCUUUCAAUAAGGGCCAUUUCAAAGAACAUAACAUAAGCCAUCCUCGGGAACUCGACACUCACAAAGGCUUUCAAAGACCCCAACAUGAAACUAGACUUGGCAAAAAACACUUGCAUGCUUCACUUCAUGAUGUUGGAGACUAUUUUCUUCACUGUUGGUGUGGGGGAGACUGUAAGCACCAAAUCCCAGUUUCACUCUUUACACUAAAAUACAUGCCUUGGGGCACCUGGGUGGCUCAGUCGGUUAAGUGUCCGACUUGGGCUCGGAUCCUGAUCUCGCGGUUCAUGAGUUCGAGCCCCAGCGUCGGGCUCUGUGCUGACAGCUCGGAGCCUGGAGCCUGCUUCCGAUUCUGUGUCUCCCUCUCUCGCUGCUCCUCCCCCUCUCGUACUCUGUCUCUGUCUCUCUCAAAAAUAAGUGAACAUUAAAAAGAUCAUAAUAAAAUACGUUGCAGAUAAUCAAAGAUCUAAUGUGAAAUGUAACAUGAGAGCACUAGAGAGAAGUAAAAUGUUUACAUAACUCUGGGAAGAGUAAGAUUUUUCAAAUCAUGAUACCAAGACCAGAAAUCAUUGGGGAGAGGAUUGAUGAAUGUAACUCUAAAAUUUUAAACCUUUGUACUCCCUUCCCCAACACACAAAGCUGUUUAAAAAGUUUUUUAAAAAUCUAAGGGAAAUAAUCACAGGUUGUAUGUCAAAGAAUUAAUAUAUCUAAUAUGCAAAGAGCUUUUACAAGCAAAUAAGAAUAAGAUAAACAACCCGGUGUUGGAAGACAAUUCCCUCAUGGUUCUCUCACAUUUCUGCAGACAGACUGACUGCCUUUGUCAAGGAUUUCAUUUAGUGAACAGCCUUGGGGGAGAAACAGUGUCUCCCUCUGGGCCAAAGAGCACGCAGGUUUAUGAUCCAUUGUAAAAGGUCCAGGUUCCCUAAAUUUGGGGUUCCCCUCCUGUAAUGCACCCCACUGCAUGUGUAGAUCUCAGCCAGCUCUCUUCAUCUCGCCUUGUGGGAACUGGGGAUCAGAGAACUGAUACUCUGGCUACUACUGUUGCCAAGAGCAAUAACCUGUCCUUGUCUCUGACCCAGGGGUCUUGUGUCUUCUACAAGCAGCCACAAAACUGUGGCAAGCUAACAUUACAGUUCUUGACAUUUGCCAGGAUAAUAAGCAAAGGACACAAACAGGUAAUUUGCAGAAGUACAAACAGCUUCUAAACAAAUAACAUCUUUUUAUGUUAGAUGUCCAACCCCAAUAGUUGUCAAAAGAAUACAAAUGAUGAGAGUCAGAAAACUUUUUUCGCCCUGUAGAUUGGCAAAGACCUAAGAAUACUCACCGUUGACUAGCGGCUAUCGAUUGAUACCAACUUUCUGGAGGAUGAUUUGCCAGGUGUGUAUCAUUGGGCUUAAAAUUGUACACACCUUUUUUGGGGGGUAGGGGCAGAGAGAGAGAGAGAUGGGGACAAAGGACCCAAGGCGAGCUCCAUGAUGACAGCAGCUGACAGCAGUGAGCCCGAGGUGGGGCUCAAACUCACAAACUGAGAGAUCACGACAGGAGAGGAAGUCAGACGUUCAACCCACUGAGCCCUUACACGCCUUUUAACCCAACUUCAUUUCAGCUCAAUGAGUUUCAUCCACAGGAGAUCACUGGACAGGUGCACAAAGCUGUGUCUGUGAGGAUGUGUCUAAUUUUGAAGACGGGACCGGCUAGCUAGGACUUGGCUCUGCAGAAUGGGAUUCCCCCAACCGCUAAAAAGGAGGAGGUAGCUCUCUGUGCCAGUGAUUCUCAAACUUUAAGUUUUUUGGUAAAGAUUUUGCCUGCCACCAGCCUCUGUUGCAACUGCUCGGCUCCGUCUGUAUAGCACAAAAUCAGCCCUAGACAACGUGGCUGGGUUUUGUUAAACUUCGUUCGCAAAAAAACAGGCGGCAGGUUGAAUUUGGCCCUAGGUUGAGAGUUUGCCAGCCCCUGCCCCAGAGCUGAGAUUCAGAACUUGUAGUUUCUAAUGAAUUAGGUCUGAGAUGGAGCCUGAAGGUUUGCAUUUCUAACAAGUUCCUGGGUCCUGCGGAUGCUGUUGGCCCUGAAACAACUCUGAAGAAAAUCACUGCCCUUUGUGCUGGGGAAAUGGCCGUGAUCUAUUAGGUUCAAGAAGCAGGUUAGCAAACAUCACGUGCAGGGAUAUUCACGUACCUGCCUAAAAUCACUCCUUGGAGCCCUGCCCCCUCACUCACUUCUUUGCCACCCCCCACCCCACCCCCACCGUGACUCAAUCUUCGAGAGGCUCAAGAACGUCAAGUGGGGGAAAUGUUUCCUGGAAGAGGACCCCUCCCUGCCCCCCGCCCCGGUUCCAGGGGAUGGGAGAAGAGAGGAGAAGUAAGAGAUUGGGGUGGGCGGCACCAGAGGCUAGGUGAGUGAGGGAUCCCUGGGGUCCCCCAAACUGGGCUUCUUGAGACCUAAGCAGUCUGGGAGAUGUGAAGCUGGGGGAGUCACAGUUCUGAGUCUCCAAGAUCUGUUGGGUUGGGGGUCAGGGGAGUUGCAUGUCUGGAAACCCCAGUACCAGAUCAUCAGAGCUCAGGGUGGGAUCUCCCAAAAACUUGUCUGGAGAGGGGAGGGAAGGAGGAGUCCCCAGUUGAGGGUCUCAGGAUUGGAGGACCUUGGACCGAAAGGGCUGUCUGUCCUCUUAGGACACAUCGGGGUAGAAGCCCCCCACCCUGGGCGAGAGCCCAAUUUGGAGGUCUGGGAACCCAAGAGAUAGAAGUCACGGGCCCUGGGGUGCCAGCUUUGGGAGUCACUGAACUUGGGGGCCCCAGUCUUGAAGGGCAAAAGGGGGAGAGUCCAUGCCAGGUUCGGGGUAGGGGGUCCCCAGUACCGGAUCAGCGAGGCGCUGGCGGGCUCCACAGUCAGCAGCAGCAGCCACCACAGCAGCAGCGUCGGUAGCGGA